UGCGGUACGCACAUAAACAUACAGUCGUCGCAAGUGGGUUGCGUCGUAAGGACGUCAACUGUAGUAUUAUAACCAAUCAGUUUUACACACUUCAUCUCACAGCAGUGUAUGCAUAUUCUGCACUGCCCCAUGUAAACGGUUUGUGCUUAAGCUGUGCAGUGUGUCAAGUGGUUGGUUAUGUUGUAUAAGGAAGAGAGUAUCUUAACACCUCCAUAAACAAAACACAUCUAAUACUAAAGCAAUGAGUCUCCUCGUCCAAUGUCCGUUUGGAGCACAGUCGGCCUAACUUUAGGCAACAACUUCGCAGGUGCCAAAUCCGCAACAGAUUCUUCAAGCACGACCCGACUGUUCCAGAGGUCUCACAACAAGAGCAUGAGUCACAGUCGUUCUCUUACGUACUAUGAUUACAAACCUUGCCAAUUCUGCAGGAUGUCGCAGUCCGGAGAUGAACUGCACACGGCCAGAUACCUGUCCUGGAGGAAGCUGCACCUUAGUCGCGCCAAAUUGAAGGCUUCCAGCAAGACGUCCGCCCUCCUCUCCGGUUUCGCCAUGGUAGCGAUGGUCGAACUACAACUACAGAAUCCCGAGAAGAUACCAGCUGGAAUACUGAUCGCAUUCGCCGUCAUCACGACCCUCCUGGUUGCUGUCCACAUGCUCGCGUUGAUGAUCUCCACCUGCAUCCUCCCGAACAUCGAGGCCAUCUGCAGCCUGGAUGCCAUCAACCUGGUGGACGAGAGUCCGCACGAACGUCUGCAUUGGUACAUAGAGACGGCGUGGGCGUUCUCCACGCUGCUUGGGCUGAUCCUCUUCCUCGCCGAAAUAGCGAUACUCUGCUGGGUCAAGUUUUGGGAGAUCAAUCAGAUCGCAGCGUGGUCGGGGUGCGCGAUCCUCCUGCCCAUCCUCUUCGUGUUCCUUGCCUUCGCCAUACACUUCUACAGGUCCCUGGUGUCUCACAAGUACGAGAUGACGGUGUCGGGAAUUAGGGAGCUGGAGAUGCUCAAAGAGCAGAUCGAGCAAGGAGAUGCAGAUCAUAACAGGAGCAACGGGGUCGGAGACCUCAUCUCCGGCGUGCACAUCGUAUGAUUGCCAUGACAACCGCUCUAACAAAGAUAAAGAUGAUUGUAUCCAUAGGAACGUGAAUCUCGCCUACACCCUUUUACUCAUACUAAAUAGGAACGAGAGAGCGAACGUACUGCAGCACGUGCAAUACGCCACAAAACUUGUUUCAAAAACAAAUACACAAUUACUAUAUUUAUAUAUUAAUUAACAAAACAAAUAAGUCGUUGUCAUUCCUUAAUUCUAGUGCAAGAAAUGUAAAAUACGCGUGACUUAAUAACGGCUCAAAUACUUGUGUUUAGGCUUCCGCUUCCUUCUUCGAUUCAAGCCAAUAUUCCGCGCCGACUUUAAUCAUCAGCGCUCGAAUAUUGUCCGAGAGGGAAGCGAUACUUAAAAGUGCUUAAGACAUGACACGGAAUUAUAUUAAUAUCAUUAUUUUUUAUUUAUUUUAAUUAUAUUAUUAUUACCUUUUAGAAUUGAAAAACUGUGAUUGUUACUCAAUUAAUUAAUUAUAUUAUCUCGGAAGCGUGUGUACAUAUUUACUUGUGAGCGGAAAAAAAAA